CUUAGCUUUCAAGUGUUAGAAGAGGCUUCUCAAGAGCUCUUUCUCUCUCUUUCUCUUUGUCUUUCAAUACUUCUUUUCUCAUUUUAUAACUUCUUUCUAAAGUACUUCGACCAAAACAAUCAAGAAAUGGCUCUAACUCACAAUGUAUGGGCGUUUGUGUUCGGAAUCAUGGGUAACAUCAUAUCAUUCGUCGUGUUCUUGGCCCCAGUGCCAACUUUUAUACGGAUAUGCAAGAAGAAGUCCACUGAAGGAUUCCAGUCUCUUCCCUAUCUUUCCGCGAUUUUCAGCGCGAUGCUUUGGAUUUACUACGCUAUGCAAAAAGAUGGCUCAGGCUUCCUUCUCAUCACCAUCAACGCUGUUGGAUGCGUCAUUGAAACCAUCUACAUCGUCCUCUUUGUAACCUAUGCUAACAAGAAAACAAGAAUAUCUACUCUGAAAGUUCUUGGCCUCUUGAACUUUUUGGGUUUUGCUGCCAUUGUUCUUGUCUGCGAGCUCUUAACCAAAGGUUCGACACGUGCCAAAGUGCUCGGAGGGAUUUGCGUUGGAUUUUCUGUCAGUGUAUUCGCAGCUCCUUUAAGUAUCAUGAGAUUGGUGGUACGUACAAGAAGUGUGGAGUUUAUGCCAUUCUCUUUAUCGUUGUUUCUUACACUAAGCGCUGUCACGUGGCUCUUCUACGGUCUUGCUAUUAAAGACUUCUACGUUGCGCUUCCAAAUGUAUUGGGCGCGUUCUUAGGAGCUGUUCAAAUGAUUCUAUACAUAGUUUUCAAGUACUACAUGACUCCUGUGGCUGAGAAGACAGACAAAUCCAAAGCGGUUUCGUCCGAUCAUUCCAUCGACAUAGCGAAGCUAACCACCGUUAUACCCGGUUCCACGGUUCAUGAACCGCCAGCUGUUCAUAAUGUUCCCGAGACUCAGAUUCAAGUGACCGAAGUCAAGAGCCAGAACAUGACCGAACCGAAUGACCAGACUACUAGCAAGGAUGUCCAGAACCAAAACCAAGUUUAAGUAGUGACUCUUUUAUUUAGGGACUCAUUAAUAAUGCAUUGUUUGAGUUGUGCACUCUUUAGCUAACUUUCCUUCUCUUUCUUUGUUUUUUCCGGAUUUUUGUGGUCAUCGUCUCUUUUAAUUAGUUCUCUCAUGUACCACUUCUGUUUUUUC